GUACGAGUCUCUCUCACCCACUACGCCGUCUGGCCACAACACGCACAAUUGUGCCGCUUUGAGGAUAUCUUCUCAUAACCGCUCCACACAAUAAAUAACCUCAUGGCGGACCAAGAUGGAGCAGCAAGACUUCACGGAGGACUACAGUGGCGGAGACUUCCAGGAGAAUGGAGCUGGGGCGACGGAAAGCCAAGAACAGAGUGGCGAAAGCCAUGCCGGGAAUGUACAGGAUAGUGGAGCUGCUGACGCUCCAGGCCGGGACGACGAUAGGAAACUUUUUGUUGGUGGACUAAGUUGGGAAACUACAGAGAAGGAACUCCGUGAACACUUCAGCAAGUAUGGUGAUAUUGAAAGUAUUAAUGUUAAAACAGACCCCAAUACUGGCCGAUCAAGAGGAUUUGCUUUUAUAGUUUUCAGUGUAGCAGAAGCUGUAGACAAGGUCAUUGAUGCAGGUGACCAUGUCAUAAACGGAAAGAAGGUUGAUCCUAAAAAGGCAAAGGCCCGUCAUGGUAAAAUAUUUGUUGGUGGUCUCAAACCAGAAUUAACAGAUGAAGACAUUAAAAAAUUCUUCACUUCGUUUGGCAAUAUCAUUGAUAUGGAAUUACCAUUCGAUAAACAAAAGAGCCAGCGCAAGGGAUUCUGCUUUAUCACCUUUGACCAGGAAGCUGUUGUCACAGACCUCUUGAAGACUCCCAAACAGAAUAUCAAUGGCCAUGAAGUUGAUGUAAAGAAGGCAACCCCCAAACCAGAUUCCAUGAUGAGAGGUGGCAUGCGUGGGGGCAUGAGAGGCCGAGGUGGUAUUCGAGGUCGAGGCAGAGGUUGGGGACAUGGAUGGAACCAGGGAGGCUAUGGCGGAUACAACCAAGGUGGCUAUGGCGGUUAUGGUGGAUAUGGUGGCUACGAUUAUGGUAGUUAUGGAGGCUACAGUGGCUAUGGGGACUACGGCUAUGGAGGAUAUGGGGGUUAUAAUGAUUAUGGUUAUGGCUCUAGUAACUAUGGCUAUUACCAGGCGGGCAAGGGUACGGCGGGGGUAAGAGCCAGCACGGGCGGCAGCAGGCGAGGCACCAGCCGUACUGAUUGGCGUGAUCAAGGGUACGACUACAAUGCUACCGCCACCUGGAACAGCGGAGACACGUACUAACACCAAUCAUCCUCAGUCCUCAACUCGUCAGUCUUCUACUACUGCUGGCUCUUAUGACGGUAUGCAAAGCCAGACAUGAAGAUUUUAGACUAUGGUAUAACAAGCUGAUCCCGCAGUGUGGUAAAAAAGUGCUGAAGGCUUCAGUCCGUGGGAAUUCGACAAGCCCUGAAACUUGACUGGUCACAAGGGCCUUUUCCAGCGGAUUAUGGAGCCUUCAGUGUGAUAGACUGUGGCGGCUUUUUAUGUGGAAGUGGUGUUAGUUAACUUUGGGUGUGUGCCUGCUGUGGGGACGAUCACAAUUUAGAGUCGGAAUUUAUUAGUGACUGCCAGGCAGUGUUCCUGUGAAAAUGGAAGUUUUAGUAUCUUUUUAUUGAAAAAAAGAGCAAUUAAAAUCCUUGUGUUCUGUUGUGAUUAUGAGUUCGUGAUGAAUUUUGUAAUGUGCACAUGGUAACAUGUUGACCAAAAUUUUCAGGAAGUGCUUAAAUUUGUAUUAUUUUUUGUACUUGAAACCAAAAUACAUAGUAGGUAUU